AUGACCGACUUCCACGAUUAUAACGGGCUUGCCUCGACGGCGCGGCCGGUUCGCAAGAAGUUCGCCAAACCGCCUGUGAAGGUAGCUUGUUUGCCUUGUCGGGCGUCGCGAACUCGAUGUGGCGGCCAAAUGCCCUGUUCGAAUUGUGUUAGCAAAGACCGUGAAUGCUCAUAUCUCCCCAGCAAGAGAGGCGGUCCACGAAAAAAGAAGGAAAAGGCUUCUCACUCGCCUGAAGCUGAGUCUAGGCAGGAUGAUGCACAAUAUGUUACUAUGCCUUCGCCUCCAGAGUUCGAAGAUGCAUCGGGGAUGUUUAGUCAAAUUGAUGAUCUCUCUCUGCCUGGCGCGGGGUUACGACAUCUCGAUUUUCAACCUGAAAUGCCAUCCAUGUUCCAGGGCUUCUUUACUGGCGAAGGCCAAUCGCAUAUGCAAGUGCCACCAAUGCCGCCGUCCAUGACCAGCUCCCAGUCCUUCGUAAGGACCUAUGGAAGUGAGCCGGAGAUAUUGAACGCCUACUACGAUUUCAUUCAUAACUAUUUCCCAAUUCUACCACCACGGGUAUCACCGCCAUGCCGAGAUCGACCCUUGAACGUCCCCGUUCCAGGUCCUAACACAUCCGAACCAAUGAUGAUGUAUCGACCCCGAUCACCACUAAGUCUUGCAAUCUCCGCAAUCUUAGCUUUGAUUCCGCACCCAAGCGACCUCGAGCCAUCGUCUGCGGCAUCUGUUAUUCAGCGCAGAGCCUACGCGCACAGUUUCGCCCAGCUUGCAAACUCGACCAUCGAGGCUGAGUGUGAUCUCGAUUUGUCGGCAACGGAUCCUGGUCAGGCCUUGUCCGCCACUCGACCAUUUGUGGGGCGCGAAAGAUUCCAUUCUAGGACGCCUGUGGAUCUUGAAAGCCUUCUUGCCUUGUUGGUUCUUUCCGUUUACGAAUAUGCGCAACGGGGGAAUCUGCUUAAGAUGAGAUAUCGGGCUGGUCAGGCUUUGGCUAUUGCUUUGGAUAAAUCGCUUCAUGCGCAGAUGGGGAAUGAUGAAUUCUCGGAGGCUAGACGGAGAGCUUGGUGGUUGACGUAUUACUGUGUUAUGCAAGGGUCUAUUGUGAGCACGACAAUGCCUGCCAUUGUCAUUAAUGAUCCCCAAUUUACGACGCCAUACCCAUCUUUCUCGUCUGAUACCGAGGGUUGGUCAAUUCUGAUACAGGCCCAACAAGUCCUAGUAUCAGCAACUCAGUUCAUCGGAGAUCUCAACAAAUGCCUUUCUUCGCAGUCAGGCAUGUACUAUAUGUUUGAACGCAUGCAACAACUGGACGCAUGGACAACCUCUGUAAUCACCCAAGCAGAGCUACUCCCAAUCAUGCCCCAAUCAUCAGAUUUCGGCGACCAUAACGAAUCCAUCACAGCACAAAGCAUUCGCGCAAUAGCCCGCAUCAAACUAGCCAGCGCACAAAUCAAAACGCACCGCUUCCGAGCUUUCUCCGACAUCCCAAUCUUCAUAAAGCGACACUGCGACCUAACGGCAGCAAACGCCAACCCCACACCAACCACAGAAAAAUCAAUCGAACUAAACACAUCAGGAAUAGAUAACGUAACCUGUUCCUGCAGCAGCCUAGACACAUUCCGACGAGCCACGUCAACAGAAUACAUGACACCAUCCGACUCAUCAACAACAUCCUCAGAAAUCCACCCAGAACUCUCAAACAUGACCAACACCUACGCCCCCCAAUACUCGCAAUACCCUUUCGCUUCAGGCUUCCCCUACAGCACGCAACAAUCGGCCAAAAUAUGCCUACGGGCAUCCCUCGUUAUCUCGCGCAUGUUCCAGAGCUUGCCGGUCCCGCAACCGCUUUCUGAUAAUCAUUCUCAGGGCCAGCGGAGGAGGCCUCUACCGCGCACUAUGCCUUCUUUUGCGUGCUGUCUUAUGCAGAGUAGCUAUGCGAUGUUCAUGAUCUUUUACAAGGCUCGUGUGGCGAAGCAGCUUUCUCUUGAUGCUGAUGGUGAACGCGGGGAUGAUUCAACCGGUCAGCUUAUUGAGGAGCUGAGGCAGGGGCUACAGAGGAUUGUUGCUGCUGUUUCGAAUUAUUCAAUUGCUUUUGAGGCGAUGGAUGGGAUGAGAGAUGAAAUCGAAGGUGCAUAUAAAACAGCGUUCCCAGCAUGA